AUGACCUGGUCUCCCUGCUGCAGCCUCACACUGAAACCCAGCGCUCUGCACAGCUGGGAAGGCUCGACUCGUUCCUCGUUUUCUCCCUACAGAAACAACUUGGGAGGCCGAGGGCUCCCACCGCGGGUAACGGGGCGAUGCCGGGGUGUGUGGGUGUGUGCUCAGCGGGGGAUAUGGGUGGGGCCGAGCGGGCGGCGGAGCCCCACGGGAGGCGGCAGCCGGGGGGGGACCCGCGUUUCUGUCCCGGUGGAGGCGACCGGCCGGGAUAGCGGUCUCCGGCCGGGACAUCGCUCUGCGGGCGAGGGAAUAUCGGCGGCGGCGGCGGAGCCAUGCUCCCGGCAGGUCGAAGAUACGAAGGAUGUCCUCGUGAUAUAUGAACAAGAAGCAGAAGAGUGGGCACUGUAUUUAAAAUUUCUCUUUGGACACAUAGUGAGUGAAGGAAGAAUCUUACUCUACAAUUUAAAGACUUCAACUUUCAAGCACCACGAGCUAUUCUGUUUACCCUCUUAUAAAUGUAAACUCCUGAUACUCUCAUGUGGACUUCUGAACUGCCUGAAUCAAGAAAGAUGUUAUUUUCUGGAACAAGUUCUAAAACCUCUAGAAAAUGUGGUAAUUCUGCUUUGUGGGGUGGAGAGUUCCAGGAUUCUUUAUGAGACACUGACCUUAGAUGGAGGCAGCAAAGAGAUUUCCACUGAUCAGAAACCUGAGGAAUAUAUCGCUGUUGUUACUGGAAUUAUUCAACCAGAUCACCAGACUAGCUCUGAUAUUAAUUUGUCAAAUGUCAGGGCAGCAUCAGAAACAACAGACUUCAGUUCUAAAAAUGAGGUACUUUCUAAAAGUUUGGAAACUAAGGAGCAGUCAAUAUUGGUGCUUCCAAGAAGAGUAUCAUGUGAGAACCCUGGUGAAAUAUUCAUUCUGGUGAAAGAUGAAAUUGAUGAUGAAACUCUAGAAAUUGAAUUCAUAUCAGAUAAUCAACGAAUUAGGACACAGACAGCCUCUUGGAAUAAGAAGGUCAAGUAUGUAAAAGCCCUAGAUUUUCCUGCUGGCCCUGUAUAUGUAAAUGUCUACUGUGGGGGAGUCAUUGAGACCACAGCACACAUUGAGUACUACACUGCACUAGAGGAGAUUGAGCCCAUUUUAAAGAAAGUGGCUGACCCAAUAGCUUUCACUUGUCAGGCAUUGAAGUUUUCUUCUGUAGAGAAGGUGGACAAUGUUCUGACUUUGUUAUUGAAAAGCAAAGUAUCUACUUAUGAAUUCAGCCCAUUCCAAAGUGGAGAAGAGCAUCAUCAACAAGCUGAUAGCCAUUUGGAAGAAUUUCCUACUCUCCUUCACUGUGCAGCCAGAUUUGGAUUAAAGAACGUUGCAGUGUUUCUACUCAGUUGUCCUGAGGCCGCAUGGGCUUGCAAAAUAACCAAUAAAUAUGGAGAUGAUCCAGAAAGUAUCGCAGAGAAGCAUGGACACAAGGAACUAAGAAAAUUAAUCAAAGAAUUGUCAAUUAACACAGCAAAUAAUUUCACCAAUUGCAGAGAGGAAGCAGAAGACGGUAACACUUAUGAGCUUAUGUUAGGCUUGGAAACUCAACCAGCCAUGAUAUUAAAAGCCAAGCAGAACCCGGGAGAUCAAUAUGGAUUUGGAUCGAGAUGCCAACACAAAGCUGAAGUGGAUGAGGAAAAGAAAGAUGAUGUAAGAGACAGCAGAGAGGAGACAGAACAUGAAGAUCAAGAAGAGGAAGAAUCAUAUAGCUUUCACAACAGUCCUGACGAUUUGUAUGCCAACAUACAGGAUGAUCUCAAAGAGAACAGAAGAGAUUGCUUUCUCUGUAAGAGACCACCCCCUCCUCCCCCUCGAAAUCUGCCUAGCAUCCUAAGACAGGACGAUCUGCACGAUUUAUCACAAGAGAGGAAUUUUGUGAUAGACAGGAACAAAAGAGAACAUGGUGAUGGACUCAAAACACCGUGCUACAGAGAAGACCAAGAUACAUGCGAGGAAGGCAGCGAGGAGGAACACCCAUACACUGCUGUGAAACUGGAGGAAUCUGUGUAUGAUUUCAUAGUGGGGGAGGAGGAGGAGAAGAGGAAACAUUGCAGGUCCUUUAUUGCGAACAGGCCGCCAGCCCCUGCCCCUCGUCCCACAUGUUCACUGGUCAGAGAGGAGAACACGCCCUAUAUAGUACAAGUGUUUCAGCAAAAGGCCACUCGAGUGACCAGUGACAGCAACAGGACAUAUUGCGACGCUAAGAAGCCUGCACACAGAGGCCACACUGACACAGCAACUUACAGCAUCGUGAAACACAACCUCCCUGCUGAACAGGAAGAACUCAUCCGCUUGCAGGAACAGGUGAAAAAGGGGGCAAUUUCUGUGGAUGAAGCCCUGGACAGAUUUAAAUGGUGGCAGAAGGAAAAAGAGAGACUACAGUCCACUCAACAAGAAAAAGUGCAUCACCCUAGAGACACCACUAUUGGAAACAGACAAGAAAAUUAAAAUCUGAGUGUGCAACUCUUCAGCCAGCUGCACAUCAGUUUCCUCUGCUUGGUAUCCCACACGUCUUCUGGCUGUGCCCUGACAGCCUCAGGCUCCAGCCCCUCCUGCUGCAACACAGAGGUGUGAUCAUUGCUGCACUUUCCGUGUCUUGGGAGCUCUCGCCUGGGCCAACUCUAGAAGAAGAUCAGUAUCACUAAAGCAAAAUUAAUAAGAUUUCUCGUAAAGUCAGCACUGAAUUUUACAUCUUUCCUUUGCCUUUUUUUUCCCCCCAAGAUGACAGCUCAAAAUUUAUAUAAACAUGUAUUGCUUGCCUUAAUAAUUUUUUAAGUCAUUUCAAUUUUUCUAUCACUCUUGAUAUUUGUUUAAAAGUAGAUUUUAUGCACAGAAGAGGAAUAUUGUGAAAAGUUCUGAAGAUUAUAACGUGAUAAUAAAUAAAAUUUCAUUUUUACUUUUUGUUAAAAUGUUAUAGUAACUUUGUAUAAAAAUUUGUCUU